AUGAAAUCUACCCCUCACUUGGCUUUGCUAGCAGAAUCGGCGCAAUAUGAUUUAAAACGUAGAAGCUUAAUAUUAGCUACUAAAUUUUUAAGUGGUUGCUGGAACGCCACUAAUUGCCAGGAAACAGUCGAUCUCUGCCACGAGGAGUGUGUAGGCUGCACCAAAAAUUAUUCCCCCAAACACUGCAACGUUUGCAAAAAUUAUGACAAUCGUGGAGAAUGUGUCAAGAAGUGUCCUUCUGAUAAAUACACCCAUACAUUAGUCAACCAAUGUGUAACCAAAGAUGAAUGUGAAACUCUAUUACGAGAUGUCUGGUGGACUCAUAACGGAGAAUGCAUUAACGAAUGUCCGAAUUUAUAUCAAAUAAAAAAAACGCCAAAACCUAACUCAAAUAAUUACACAAUCAGUUGCGAAUAUUGUGGAGAUAAGUGUGUAAAGCUGUGCAAUGCAACGGACGUACUUAGUCCUCAGAAUGUAAUUGAUGCUAAAAGUGAAUUGAAAAGGCUAAAAGGGUGCACACAUAUUAACGGUUCCUUGAUUAUUAAAAUGCCUGAUGUGGAAAUGCAUGACCUAAAAAAAUAUUUAGGAAGUAUCAGAAAUAUUUCCGGAAUGUUAAUGAUUGGAAGAACAAGAAAGUUAAGUUCUAUGGAUUUUCUAAAAAAUAUAACGUACAUCGGAAGUGAUAUUACCAAAGAAAUGGAUAUGUAUUCAAACUAUAGUAUAUUUAUGUAUGAGAAUCAAAACCUUCAACAGUUAUGGAAUUACACAAAUUUCAAUCUGACCCUAAAGGGUACCAUUGGUUUCCAUGACAACCCACUCCUCUGUAAGUCUGAAAUAGACAAGCUCGCAAAAGCUACUGGAGUAGAAUACUCAGAUGUGAGCGUCUCUCGGUUCUCCAACGGAGACAAAGCUAAUUGUUUGGUUAAAGACGUCGAUGUACACUUUGAUUCGUACUCAAAAAAUGCAACUCUCACUUGGCAUCCGUCACACGGGAAAAACGAGAUAUACGUAGGAUGCACUUUAUUCUACAAGAUUGAAGUAGGGGGUAAUACAUCGACUUCAACUUUUAAUAGUAAAGAAAAUGUAAACUCCCAAAAUAAAAACCGAAUAGACAUUACCAUGCGAGUAUGUGAAACUUUAGUAGAUCAACAUAAUAUGAAGGUAUCGACAGAAAGCUCUAAUGGUACGGGUCUAUCAUUCAUAGCAGAAUUUCUAUCCAGUACCGUAAAAGGUUCCGUAAACUCAGAGAAGGUACAGACUUCGGAAAGAUCAGUUGAAAAUAUUCUUAGUAAAGCUGGUGAAAGAAUUGACCAUCAAGAUACAGGAUCAGUCUUCAGUACAAAUAAAAAAAACGAUAGUAAAGGAGACAAUGGAUCAGUAUUAGGCGAAAGUGUAGAAGAUUGCUCGUGUGUAAAACCUAUUAAUGUUAAAAACGAGGAAGAAUUUCACGAUAUAAAAUCUCAUAUUUGCCAUACUUUUGACUGUAAGAACAUGGAGUACAAUAUCAUUGAUCAAGAAAAAAUUAGAAAGAGAAACAGUGACAAGUAUAAAUAUAUUCCAGCAAAUGAAUCGUCAUUUAACAUAACCAAUCUUCGACCUUUUACGCUGUACAUAUUUUAUUUUUCUGCCUGUAAUGUUCCGAUUGAAGAAAAUCAUUGUAGCGGUGUUAUACAACAGUUUACCAGAACCAAAAAAACGCCUAACGCUGAUGACGUAAAAAUAAUGAACGUAGAAGUACAAGGGGAGGAUUCCCUAAAAGUAACUUGGAGAGAACCUGUAAGUCCUAAUUCUGGAAUUGUAGCUUAUAGGAUAUCUUUAAGUUAUGCUAAUACUGUCUUAGACAACUCUUGUGUGUCCAUAAGUCGCAACAAAAGACAUUUGAGUACACAUUCCAAAGUUUUUAACGGCCUCAGGCCUGGCGAAUAUACAAUUUCUGUAAGGGCAGAAUCUUUAGCAGGAGAAUCGGAUAACAGCAAGGUCCAAAAAAUAGAACUAAAGUCGGCGAAUAAACACGUAGUUCUAAUAGUUGUUUCUGUUAUAUGUUCCAUAUUCCUUAUUUUCAUCUUUGGUGUUUAUAUAUACCUAAAGAAAUUCAGAGGAUCCCAUUUAGAUCCUCUUAUCCCUACUAUAAAUCCAGACUAUGCAGGAUUUUGGUACGAGCAAGAUGAAUGGGAGAUUGAAAGAAGGGACAUUGAGGUUAUGAGAGAAUUAGGUCACGGUACAUUCGGCACUGUGUUCCAAGGUGUAAUAAAAUCGAGAAGUAACAUGCCUUGCGCGAUAAAGACUGUUAACGAAUCGUUAAGUCUUCACGAUAAAAUGAAAUUUCUUAAUGAAGCUUCAGUCAUGAAAUCUUUCAGCGACUGUUAUCAUGUAGUUAAAUUAUUAGGAGUAGUAUCAGUAAAUCACCCCCCUCUUGUUGUGAUGGAACUAAUGGAGAGGGGUGAUUUAAAGUCGUGUUUAAGAAGAAUUAGAGAUUCGUCUCAAAAUCUUACAUCAAACGAAAUAUACCGAAUGGCUGUAGAAAUAGCGGACGGUAUGGCCUACCUAGCUGCUAAGAAAUUUAUCCAUAGAGAUUUAGCUGCUAGAAAUUGUAUGGUAGCUGCUGACAGGACUGUUAAAGUUGGUGAUUUCGGUAUGGCUAGGGACGUUUAUGAGACUGAUUAUUAUAGAAAAGAUACCAAAGGUUUGUUACCCGUCCGAUGGAUGGCUCCUGAAAGUUUAGCUGAUGGAGUAUUCACUACAGACUCUGAUGUCUGGAGUUUUGGAGUAGUUUUGUGGGAAAUUGCAACGCUUGCUGAACAACCCUACCAAGGUUAUUCCAAUGGACAAGUAUUACAAUUUGUGAUAUCCAAAGGCCGUCUAACACGACCUGAAGAAUGCUCGGAUUUCCUUUACGAGCUCAUGAGGAAGUGCUGGUCAUGGCGACCCAAUGACCGACCAUCGUUUUGGGAUUUAGUCGAUCUUCUGGAAGAUAGAGUUGGCGAAGAUUUUAAAUUAGUGGCUUUCGUCCACAGUCGAGAAGCCUCCAUGUACAGCCGACAGAGGGUAGAAAAUGCUCCAGCUUUAGCUAUAGAGUCAGCAGCCCAAGAACUUCUUUGCCAGUAUAACGCCGAUGAAGAGGAAGUUAGGUUGCGUGUCGGUGGAGUUCCUCGACGACCCAGUUACCUGCAGACUUCUUUGAAUCAAAGAAGAUUUUCACAGACUGAUGAUGACUUUUACUAA